GGUUGACGCUGGCUUGGUUCCUAGUUAUUUACUGAUACAGUAAGAUAAACCACGUCUGAGAAGAGAAACAACAAGCCGGCGACCACAGACUAAAAAAAAAAAAAAAAAACCCGCAAAGUUUCUUCCAAACUAUUGGACUCUUUGUUUUCCCUCGUGACGUCAGUAAUGAAAAAAUACAGAAAGACGGGGGGAAAUAGACAAGUUAAAUUGUAGGGAACUUGGCGCAGCCGCAGUUUGGAGACGUCUGUAAGCGAUCAUACUCUCUCUUUUUUUUUUUUUUUUAAACCUUACAGCAUCUUUUUGUCCCAUAAAUCUUAUUGGUAAAAAUGACCAGAAACUGGCUCGGGCUGCUGUCCAUCGGGGUGUUUUACGUGAUGGUUCUGGCUACGGGUAUUUGGGCGUCCAGAAAGUCCAAACGUGAGGAGAGGAAAUGCACCGAGAACAGGAGUGAAGUGGCAAUGGUUGGAAGGAGGAACCUCAACAUAUGGGUCAGCAUCUUUACCAUGACAGCCACCUGGGUCGGAGGAGGUUAUAUCAUGGCUAAUGCUUCACUGGUCUACAAUCCAACAAAAGGCCUGGUGUGGGCCUUAGUGUCACCCAUUGGAUUUUCAUUAACCAUGAUUUUAGGGGGGCUGUUUUUUGUGGGACCUGUUCGCUCCAAAGAGUACGUCACCAUCAUGGACCCCUUUCAGAAGAAAUAUGGCAACACCGUCACGGCUAUUAUCUUCAUUCCGUCCCUGCUAGCUGACAUUUUUUGGAUUGCAUGUAUCCUUGGGAUACUGGGGGGGACAAUCAGCAUAGUGAUGGAUAUUUCGUCCUGGCUGGCUGUGGUCAUCUCUGCCGCCGUGGCAAUCAUCUACACCUUAAUGGGAGGGUUGUACUCCGUGGCCUACACCGACGUCAUCCAGCUCUGCCUGAUUUUCAUCGGCCUGUGGCUCUGUGUCCCCUUCGUCCUCAUGAGCCCGUAUUCUACCAAUGCCACCGUUACUGCAGUUACCCAACUAUCCCAGCAACCAUGGAUGGGCAGGUUGGAGGUGGAAGACGCCGGUCGUUGGAUAGAUGAUCUACUGUUAAUGGCCAUCGGAGGAAUCUGCUACCAGGCUUUCUACCAGAGAGUCCUGUCCAGUGCCAGUGUCACCCAGGGUAAGGUCAUGUGCUUCUCCGCAGCAGUGUUGUGUCCAAUCUUCGCCAUCCCAUCACUCAUCAUCGGUGGAGUGGCAGCAUCAACAAACUGGAACCAGACCAGCUACGGUUCCCCCAGCCCACACGAGCGAGGACAAACUGGUAUGAUCUUGCCAAUUGCCCUUCAGCAUCUUUGCCCCUACUUCAUCUCAGUGGCAGGUGUGGGAGCGCUCGCCGCGUCCGUCAUGUCAUCAGUCGACUCGGCUCUCCUGUCUGCCGCCUCUAUGCUGGGACGAAAUGUCUUCAAGAACAUCAUUUACAAAAAGGCAUCAGAGAAGUGUAUCCUUGUGGUGGUGAAGGUGUCGGUGCUUCUGUGUGGAAUCAUUGGAACCUGUCUGGCCCUGGUGUCAACGUCCAUCCACCUGUUCUGGAUCAUCAGUACAGAUGUGAUGUACUCCAUGAUGACGCCGCAGGUGAUCUGCACCUUGUUUCUGCCCCAGAGGGUGAACCACUACGGGGCCUGCUCUGGUUUCGUCGUGGCCAUGGUCCUGCGUGCUCUGGUCGGAGAACCACUGCUUAGUCUCCCUGACGUCCUGCCUCUACCGUGGGACAAAGUCAAAGAGGACGGUCACCUGCAGCGAUUGUUCCCUUUCUGCACUGCCAUCAUGUUCAUCACCACUGCCACUAUUUUGGGGGUGUCGGCAUUCUCCAUGUGGCUGUCAGAGAAAAUGCAGCGGAAACGAUCUGCUGAUGGCGUCGCGGACACUGGUUUGCAAGAAAUUCCACCAGUCCAGAAAUCUUUGUUGAAAGACGAGUCGGGAUAAAGACCUAGGAAAAAAUAAAAAUGACCGGGGACGACGCAACGUCUUUAACUAGUGAAAACUUUUUUGUGUAAAAUCAAGUUUGUUUUUACUGUGGGCUCAUUUGUUUAAUUUUUUAUGACACCCAUAUUUCAUCACUAUAAAUUGCUUUUAUAUAUAUUGGGUGUUGUUGAUGUUUUUUUGGUACUAUUUAAUUCCGUGAAGAAAAACAAAAGAAAUAUAUCACAUCGCUCUUGUUCAUGGUUGGGUUCUGCAGCACUGACAUGUAUAGAAAUACUGACAUUUGGAAGGGUUAGAUUAAAAAAGAAAAAGAAAACAUUAAGCAGUAUAUGCUGAUAAUUUAAUGAAAAUAAAUGUUUUAUAUCCA